CUCCUUAAACUGUUGCUCCAACCUCUAUCGUGAAAUCCAAAGCACAGGAUUGUUGUAAAAGGCGGCAAACAAAAGGAUUAUGAGAAAAGCGAACUGGCAAAGAUAAUAGAUGUCAAAGAAAGGGGAAGAAAAGAGACGGACUAGAGUCAUCAGAAAGAGAUUUAAACCUUUGAUGAGGACUCUGCCACUACCUUUGUGGGGAGAUAAUGAUAAUCGUGUGGACCUCAAUCAC